GGAGCAGCAGGAUUUGAGGAGGAGGAGGAGGAGGAGGGAGUGGAAAUUCCACUGUUACUCUGAGUCUGACUCGCGAUCCUGACAUUUGGUGUUGGAGCCUGUGAGAAGAGGAGCAGGAGGAGCUGAGGAUCUCCGCUGUUACCGCUGUUCCCGCUGUCGUUUUUUCUACAGUUUCACUCCGGGAAGUACCAGACCUAGUCCCAGUCCUGGUCCCAGUCCUGGUCCUAGUCCUGGUCCCAGUCCUGGUCCCAGCGGUGCCAGGUUUUUGUCGAGGACGCGCAGCUGCCACUUCGGUCCAUUUGGAGAUUUUUUUUUUCUCUCCUCUUCCUCUUGUUUUCACCUCCUCUCUGUGGAUUAUUUCUGGGUUUCUCCUCCAGGAGAUGGUUCAGUGAGCCGCCGGCUCCUGUGGACGCAGGGAUGCUGGGAAAUCUACCAGCAACAGCUCUCCGCUCACUUUGAGACAAACCGCUCGUCGUCUGUCCGUCAGCCCUGCCACCUGACGGACUUCACCGUCCCUCUCCUCCUCCUCCUCCUCCUCUCCUCCUCUUCUUCUCCUCCCUUUCUGCUGUGGCCGGAGCGGGUCGGGGCAGGAUGCCUGCGGGAUUUCUUUUGUUCCUCCUCGGUCCCGUCCUCCUCGUUUCCUCGCUGACACAGACGGAUAAAUGCGGAGGAAACAUAGAGAUCGACGUCGCGGAGUACCUGACCUCCCCGGGGUAUCCCAGCGCGUACCCGCCCUCCCAGCAGUGCGUGUGGGUCAUAACUGCCCCAGAGCCGGGGCAAAAGAUCCUCAUCAACUUCAACCCACAUUUUGAUCUGGAGGACAGAGACUGCAAGUACGACUACGUGGAAGUUUACAACGGCGGCGAUGAGCUUUCACCGACGUUCGGGAAGAUCUGUGGGAAAAUCGCUCCUCCUCCGAUCAUCUCCAGCGGGAGUCAGCUCCUCAUCAAGUUCGUCUCCGACUACGAGACUCAUGGAGCCGGAUUCUCCGUUCGCUACGAGGUUUUUAAGACAGGUCCAGAAUGCUCCAGGAACUUCACGGCCCCCCGGGGCGUCAUCAAGACCCCGGGGUUCCCUGACAAAUACCCCAACAACCUGGACUGCACCUUCAUGAUCUUUGCUCCGAAGAUGUCGGAGAUCGUGGUGGAGUUUGACAGCUUUGAUAUGGAGCCCGACACCACGCCGCCCCCUGGUGCCCUCUGCAGAUAUGACUGGCUGGAGAUCUGGGAUGGAUUUCCUGCAGUGGGACCUCACAUCGGCAGGUACUGCGGUCAGGCCUCGCCCGGACGUGUCAUCUCCUACACCGGGAUCCUGUCCAUGACCAUCACCACGGACAACGCCAUCGUCAGGGAGGGCUUUUCCGCCAACUACACCAUCCGGGAGAGGAGCCUCCCCCCGGGACACGAACCAGAGGCGUUCACCUGCAUGGAGUCCAUGGGUAUGGAGUCGGGAGAGAUCAGCGCGGGGCAGAUCACCGCCUCCUCCCAGUACAACGCCAACUGGUCUGCGGAACGUUCUCGGCUCAACUACCACGAGAACGGAUGGACGCCGUCGGACGACAGCAGCAGGGAGUGGAUCCAGGUUGACCUGGGGUUCCUCCGGUUCGUCACCGCCGUCGGGACUCAGGGCGCCAUCUCCAAAGAGACCACGAAGCACUACUUCGUCCGCUCGUACAAGGUGGACCUGAGCUCCAACGGAGAGGACUGGGUGCCGGUGAAGGAUGGUUCGAAGCAGAAGGUCUUCCAGGGAAACCACAACGCCGUGGACGAGGUCCACGCCUUCCUGCCCAAACAGUCUCUGGCUCGCUACGUCCGCAUCCGACCCAUGUCCUGGGAGAAGGGCAUCUGUAUGCGCUUUGAGAUCUACGGCUGCAGGACGUCAGACUACCCGUGCUCAGGGAUGCUGGGAAUGGUGUCGGGUCAGAUCUCUGACGCCCAGAUCAGCGCCUCGUCGUACGCCGACCGGGGCUGGGUGGCAGAGAACGCCCGUCUGUUGACAGGGAGGUCGGGCUGGACCGGGCAGCAAACCAAACAGCCGUUCAGAAACGAGUGGCUGCAGGUGGAUCUGGGUCAGGACAAGAUGGUGAGCGGUGUGUUGAUCCAGGGAGGGAAGCACCGCGACAAGAACGUCUUCAUGAAGAAGUUCAGAGUGGGCCACAGCCUGGACGGAGAGGACUGGACCAUGGUCAAGGAGGAGAACACCACCAGGCCCAAGAUCUUCAUUGGGAACCAGAACCACGACACCCCGGAGCUCAGGACCAUGGGUCCGUUCCUCAGCCGCUUUGUCCGGGUUUACCCCGAGAGGGCGACCAAUGAGGGCCUGGGUCUGCGCCUGGAGCUGCUGGGCUGUGAGCUGGAGGGUGAGCGCGCGUGUGUGUGUGUGUGUGCGUGUGAGGAUGACGACCUCUGUUCAGAUUUAUUUAUUUUGUUUUGUUCAUGUCUGUGUAUAGCUAAGCUAACAUUUAGCUACAAAGCUCCAGGGACCACCGCGGUGUCGGACUGUGAGGACGGUCAACAGAGCUGCGGUGAGGCGACCGAGGAGACCGAGGCGCCCGACGACUACGACGCGGUCACAGCAGAAGGCACCACCACGACGGUCAUCGACUUGAUGCCAGCCUACCUGUGGUUCGCCUGUAACUUUGAGUUCUCCUCAUUCUGCGGUUGGACCAGGGAGACCAGCGUCGGUGCCGAGUGGGUCAUCCAGACCAGGGACGGUGGCUCCACCCACAGAGGACCGGGCUACGACCACACCGGUCGACUGGGGAACUUCAUGGUCAUGCAGCUGAAAGAGGGCACACACAGCAAGAAGGGACAAGGAGGAAGGAUUGAUGAUGAUGAUGAUGAUGAUGAUGAUGAGGAGGAGGAGAAGGUGGCCAUGCUGUCCAGUCUGCCCAUCACUGUGACCGACGCCGACCUCUGCUUGUCCUUCUGGUACCAGAUGUUUGGAGAACACGCCGGGUCGCUGACCAUCAGGCAGAGGAAGGACGGGGACGAGGAGCAGAUCCUGUGGAUGGUCAGUGGACAGAAGGACAAGAGGUGGAGGGAGGGGCGUGUCCGGCUGCCACACUCUGGAGCGUCCUAUCAGGUGGUGAUCGUAGGUGUAGCAGACAGACGGAGCUCAGGUCACAUGGCUGUGGACAACAUCCAGAUCCUGGAAGGACUCGGUGCCGAGGACUGCAGAGAUCCAGAAGCUCCGACGUCUCCGACCACUGGGAUCUUCAUCCUACCCUUGGACUCCCUGUCCCAGGAGACCAGUGAGCUCGGGGGUCCGGGCAACAUGCUGAAGACCCUGGACCCCAUCCUCAUCACCAUCAUUGCCAUGUCGGCACUGGGCGUCUUCCUGGGCGCCAUCUGUGGUGUGGUGCUGUACUGCGCCUGCUCCCAGGGCAGCAUGACGGACAGGAACUUGUCUGCACUGGAAAACUAUAACUUUGAGCUGGUGGACGGCGUCAAACUAAAGAAGGACAAGAUCAACGGACAGACAAACUAUUCAGAGGCGUGAGGCGGGACCGGGGGCGGAGCCAAGCCUGCUCCGCGGGGACACAUGACGCAGCCAAUCAGACGAGAGGAGGGAGGCGGACGGCGGAGCGCUGAAGCCACAGAGGGAACGGUGCUGAGAGUGAGCCGCUGUCAUUUUAUUUCUCAGGAGCGGUGGAAAGGACCGACCUGUAGGGGGCACUGUGUAUAAAGAAUUUGUACAGCAAAAAAAAAAAAAAAUGUUAGUGCGUGGUGAAGAAAACUAAGGAAUCUUUUUGUUCUUUUGGACGUGAUUCGUCGGUUCGGUGUUGAUCACAUGCUGGUGUGGAGACCAAUCAGGAAACAGACGAGUUCAGGGGUCGGUUUCCUCCGUUCUCACUGGUUCUCCUGUGAAUGUGACAGAGCAUGUGUGUGCGUGCAUGUGUGUGUGUGUGUGAGUGAGACCCUAGUCCUGACCCCGAGAGGUCGCGGUGUGUAUUUUUCUGUUAACCCUUCACUGGCCGUCCUCCUCUUUGUCCCUCCUUCUCUUUCCACACUCACCCUUUGACGUGUCCCUCAGGGGACAAGAUGGAUGCCGGUCAAUGCUUU